AUGGGCGUCGCGGGUGUUGCCGUCGGGGAGGAGGGCGACAGUAUCCGGCGGCUGCAGAACGGGCCGGACGUGCGGGGCGUCGCUCUGGAGGGCGAGAAAGGCCGUGCCGUGGACCUGACGCCGCUGGCGGUCGAGGUCAUCGCCGAGAGCUUCGGGGAGUGGCUGCGCGAGGAGCUCCGGCUCCGGGGCGAGGAGCAGGAGCCCCAGCAGCUGCGGGUGUCCGUCGGCCGCGACCCUCGGCUGUCGGGCCCGCGGCUCGGCGCUGCGCUCUUCGCGGGGCUCGCCAGGGCCGGCUGCUCCGUCUUCGACAUGGGGCUCGCCACCACGCCGGCCUGCUUCAUGAGCACCAUACUGCCACGCUUCAACUAUGACGCCUCUAUUAUGAUGACGGCGUCACACCUCCCCUACACCCGCAACGGCCUCAAGUUCUUCACCAAGCGCGGCGGGCUCACCUCGGGCGACGUCGAGACCAUCUGCGACCGCGCGGCGCAGAAGUACGUGGCGCGGAACAUGGGCCUCGGAGUCGGCGGCAGCGGCACGCCGCCGGUGGUCAUGCGCGUGGACCUGAUGAGCGCCUACGCGCAGCACCUCCGCGACAUCAUCAAGCAGCGCGUGGCGCACCCGGAGCACUACGACACCCCGCUGAGGGGCUUCAAGGUGGUGGUGAACGCCGGCAAUGGCUGCGGCGGCUUCUUCACCUGGGACGUGCUGGAGAAGCUGGGCGCCGACACCACGGGCAGCCUCCACCUGGACCCCGACGGGCGGUUCCCCAACCACAUGCCCAACCCGGAGGACGCCACGGCCAUGUCGCUCACCCGCGGCGCCGUGCUGGCGCAGGGCGCGGACCUGGGCGUCGUCUUCGACACGGACGUGGACCGCAGCGGCGUCGUGGACGCCGGGGGCGCUGCCAUCAACGGCGACCGGCUCAUCGCGCUCAUGUCGGCCAUCGUGCUGGACGAGCACCCGGGCACCAUGAUCGUCACGGACGCGCGCGCCAGCGACGGGCUCACGAGGUUCAUCGAGUCCAGGGGAGGCCGCCACUGCCUGUACCGCGUCGGCUACCGCAACGUCAUCGACAAGGGCGUGCAGCUCAACGCCGACGGCGUGGAGACGCACCUGAUGAUGGAGACCACCGGGCACGGCGCGCUCAGGGAGAACUACUUCCUCGACGACGGCGCCUACAUGGUGGUAAAGAUCAUCAUUGAGAUGGUCCGGAUGAAGCUGGCAGGGGUGGACGGAGGGGUAGGGAGCCUCAUCGCGGAUCUGCAGGAGCCCGCCGAGUCCGUGCUCCUCAGGAUGGACGUCCUGGGUGAACCCAAGCAUGCCAAAGGAAGGGCUACACAGGCGGUGGAGGCUUUCAAGAAAUACAUCCAGGAGGACAAACUUUCCGGUUGGGUGCUGGAUGACUGCGGGGAUUGCUCAGUUGCCGAGGGAUGCCUUGAGGACUCAAAUGAUCGGCCCAUCGAUGUUGAUGCAUACAUGUACAGAGCGAAACUUUACGACGAGAAUCAGCAGAGAGCAAUAGGCAUGGUCCACCUUCGUCAAAGUGUGCAUAACCCCAAUAUAGCACUAAACAUGCAGUCCUAUGUUCCUGGUGGCUGCAAAUCCAUGGCAAAGGAUCUUCAUCAGAGGUUUUUGCUGGCAAGUGGACUGAACGAGUUUGUUGACAUAAGCGAAGUGGAGAAAUUUGUCAAGUAG